ACUCCAGUCCUGUUGGUGGCAGUAGGAAAUGUGAAACCACAGCAGAAGAAAACAAAAAGAAACCGAUUGCUACACUGUACAAUGGCAGACUGGACUGUAAACAGAUGAUCUCAAGCUAGCGUCGCUGUUUAGGUAUUAAAAAGGCUGUACUGCUGGAUAAACUACUGUGGUGCUGUUCCCUCGCUGAACCCCCUAUCACUCCUGCCUCCUACUGCUGUUCCCUUGAAGGCCUCCACCCCCUCCUAUCCCUCCUGGUGACCCCUGUGAUGUCGUCCCCGUGCUGUGGCUUCCUGGCGCAGUACACCCACCAUCACCUGGUCGCCUUCCUCCUCACCUUCUUUAGCUAUGUCCUCCUGCACGCCUCAAGGAAGACCUUCAGUAAUGUGAAAGUGAGCAUCUCAGCCCAGUGGACUCCCUCUGUGCAGAAUGCCAGCUCUCCUGCCUUCUCACCCAGGGAGACAUGGGAGGAGAAUAACCUGUUUGCAGACUCCGAUGAAGCCACUCUGUUCCUGGGUGUCCUUGACACCAUCUUCCUGUUUUCCUACGCCGUGGGCCUAUAUAUGAGUGGAGUGAUCGGAGACCGCAUGAACCUCCGGUAUGUCCUCUCCUUUGGUCUGUGUGGUUCAGCCAUAGUGGAGUUUGUGUUUGGUACCCUGACUGAGUGGCUGCAGUUCUAUAACAUCUACCUGUACUGUGGCCUUUGGGUGCUGAACGGCCUACUGCAGUCUGCUGUCUGGCCCUGUGUGGUGGCAGUCAUGGGGAACUGGUUCGGCAAGUCGGGGCGAGGUUUUGUGUUUGGCCUGUGGAGUGCCUGUGCCUCUGUUGGGAACAUUCUGGGAGCUUUCCUGGCAUCCAGUGUUCUCAAGUACGGAUAUGAGUAUGCCUUCCUGGUCACUUCAGUGCUGCAGUUUGCCGGUGGGGUGGUGGUGUUCUUUGGUCUGCUCACCUCCCCUAAAGAAGUGGGUCUGUGUUUGGAGUCAGAGACAAGUCCGAGUCCAGUGGAGAGAGAUGCAGACAGCCACAGGCCUCUGAUGAGUGAUGAAGAGGAUGAGGAAGAGGAGGGAUCGGAGGAGGUGUGUGACGGAGGGUACUACACCAUCCAGCAGGGGGAUGAGGAGCCGCGAGAAACACCCAAAGCCAUCGGAUUCUGCCAGGCCUUCUGCCUGCCCGGGGUGCUGCCUUAUUCCCUGGCGUACGCGUGUCUGAAGCUGGUGAACUACUCCUUCUUCUUCUGGUUGCCCUUCUACCUGAGCAGGAACUUUGGCUGGAAGGAGGCCCAGGCCGACAGGCUCUCUGUGUGGUACGACGUGGGAGGCAUCAUAGGUGGUACGAUCCAGGGCCUGAUCUCAGACUGCAUGGGGAAGAGAGCUCCAGUGUUAGCCGUCAGUCUGCUGCUGGCUAUGGGAGCCCUGGUGGGGUACAGUCACUCCCCUCCGGACCAGGUGGUGAAUGCAGCUCUCCUGGCCACCACAGGUUUCUUCAUAGGAGGGCCAUCCAACAUGAUCAGCUCAGCCAUCUCUGCAGACCUGGGGCGACAGGAGGCCCUCAGGGGCAGUCAGGAGGCUCUGGCUACCGUCACCGGCAUAGUGGACGGGACCGGGAGUAUUGGAGCUGCAGCGGGACAGUACUUGGUAUCGUUGAUCGAGAGCAAACUGGGCUGGAUGUGUGUGUUCUACUUCUUCAUAGUCAUGACGGGGGGCAGCAUAGUCUUCAUCUUGCCGCUUAUCGUGACUGAGAUUCGGGCCAUGUGGAGGGACAGACAGGCAAGGACAUACCAGCUGUGAAGCCUUCCUCACGGGGGCCAUGUUUGUUCCUACUCCUUCCCUAUGGGGCCUACUAGCUGUCAGUCAAUCAGAUUAUGUCCACUGAUCACUACUGUAGAUAUAUGUACAACAUGUCUAUGAAUGUGUGUGUCCAAUCUAUGUAUAUAUUUGGUCUGAAACACGUUUUUUAAAGAUAUUACUUCAGCGCCUUUUACGAGUGGGGGCAGGGCCCUCUCAAUGUUUGUGGUCUGAGAUAGGAAGUUCCAAGCAGCUGUCAAUGAUUCAAAUUCCUUUACCUGUUUACUGAAGUGUAUAAUGAUUACUUGUAUAGAAUGAUUGGAUCUGCUCAUUUGCUUAGUAGAGAUCAGAUUUCAAAGGCAGGCAAAACACACACUCACUGAAGUCCGCCACUCACUCUUAGAAUCUCAGUCACACAUCCGCUUGGUGGAUUUUCAGUCAUUGCCUGUAGCACAUACAUGUAGUCAGUGACCACGUUUACAUGCACACAGUAUUCUGGACAGUAGCUCAUUCAUAUGGAUUAAACAGUAACUGAAAUAUGGCCUACAACCUCUCCCAUGUAGCAUAAUAUAAUUUUUUUGCAGUAAAAUUAGGCAACAAAUGUUAAUUUUGUCUCGGGAACAGGAGUGGAUAAAUAUUAAUUAUUUCUUUCAGCAUCUCUUGAGAAAAUGCGUGUGGAAUGUGUUAUCUUUGAUGCUGUUAUGCAAGCAGACAGUCUUAUCAUAAACCUAUUUAAUCGUUUUCUCAGCUUUUAAUUGAAUUAAAACCGGUCAAACUGAUGACAUUUGGACAUUUUGCACAGACCUAUCGUUCCAUUGUUUUUGGAAUCUUUCCACUGUUCUCCCGGUCGCUAAACGAAACAGACAAUUUUACCGGUUUUAGCUAGAUUACUACUGCGUUCAUUCUUUCGAUGUAAAACAUUAUUCUGGUGAGCACUACUUUAUUUGGUCUUCUGGGACAACAAGUUAUGACAGAAGAGAAGCUGCAUGUAUCUAACAAUAGUUGGCAAACAAAUGGACUACUAAUUGUCAGAAAUUAUAAACAGAAAGUGUCUAAAUUAAGGGUGAAAUUAGCCAGUAGGCUACACGGUCCAAUACGGAGCAUCAGUAAAACUUUUUCGGGUUAUUGUAAACGGGAUAUGAUGUUUACGUGUAUCAACUCACUUGAGUACCCCGAAUAAUAACGGAAUAUUGGUGUGUAUUUAAACGUGGUCAGUGUAAAAAGUACGUUUGCCGAUAAAGUUUUUAAGCAGCUUUGUAAAGGUCAGUAAACAUUAACUGCACGCCUCUGAAAUAUUUUAUUUAUUUAAAGAACAGUAAGAUUACAUCAAUGUAAAAAAAAAGUUGUCUUCUCAAAAUGAGGUAAAAGUAUACUGAUUUUAUUUACUGUAGGUAAAUUAAAACGGUACAAGUAGUUCUCCUGGUUGGACUGGGAUCAGUUGCUAAAUUACUGUAGUGGUUUUAACCAAGGUCACAAGUGCAUUUCAGCUGGUCCAGGGCCUGCUAAACUUGAUGAAAUAGAAUGUGUAUUUAAUUGUAACAUUUAUUGAAUGUAUGUUCUUAAUCUGUGAUGAAUGUUCGUUUUUUUCUCUCCAUAUGUGCACUUUAAAUUCAUAUUUGAAUGAGCCUAUGUGAUGUUUCUUUUGUUUUUUCAAGAAAAGAAAAUUGACAUUUUCUAAACUGUUGACUCCUAUAUUUUUUUCUUCACAAGGGAAUUUACUAUAUAUGUUUGGGAAACCACCUCAAUGAAUUUGAACUUCAAUGAUCCUAAACUGUAUUCACACAACGCAAUGAAACCAGCAUUUAGAAACAUUGAAUUAGCAUACUUGUAUUUAUUUUCACAUAUAAAAUGGACACAAAUUAAGAGGAUCUGUUCAGAAGGACUUUCGCGGUAAAUUACUAAUGGGAUAGACACCCUUGUAGAGCAGUAGAGGAUACAUUCUGCUCAUCCUGUUACAGACGUGUUAUGUCACUUCAGAUCCACCAGGAGGAGCCUUUAAGGCAAAAAUAAUACCGUCAAAAUAUGUGUAGUAUUAAGUAGGCCUAAUUUUUAUUUAACUAGGCAAGUCAGUUAAGAACAAACUCUCAUUUACAAUGACGGCCUAGGAACAGCGAGUUAAUUGCCUUGUUCAGGGGCAGAACGAAAUAUUUGUACUUUUGUCAGCUCAGGGAUUCGAUCAAGCAACCGUUACUGUCCCGACGCUCUAACCACUAGGCUACCUGUCGCCCCUAAUAUAAUUAGUAGGUUUAAUAUAAUUAGUAGACUUAAUAUGUGUAGAAUUAGUAGGCCUACUAGAUUUUCCAGCUGUUGACACUGAAGAUCAUAUUAAUGUACAAGGAGGUAGUAAAUUAUGGAUGAAGACGAGUCUAAACAAACAAUACUUUAGUAUAUUUCUAUUAUUUAUUUACAUAUUUAAUAAUCUGAAACAUACUGUAACAAAUGAACAUCAAAGUCAACAGUGCACCAAAAACCGGUCAUUUAAUCCUCAUUGAAAUGUGUCAUUUUAUUUUCAAACUAUUACCAAACCGAAUCAAAGCUAAUAGUCUGUUCCCAUGUAAUUACAUUGUAAUACACUUGGCAUACAUUAACCAUUAUCCUAUCAAAAACCUAUGUUAUCCAUUCAUGCAUAUAAGGCAUGCAAUACUAUGUUUUGAUAUACCUGGGAUACUGUGGGCCAGGGGGGAUGCAGGAUUGAGCAGCCCAGUAGCUGUAUACAGAUCUAUGAUCAUUAGCUUAUCACAGUUCGCUUGCCAAGGGAAUUCUGGGAAAACCAGUACAGUCAGUAAUAUUAUGGCUGAGUAUUACCUUGUUUUAACACUGUUGUAAUACCAAGA